CCACUUUAUAGUGUAGUGACAUGGUCUCCACUGCUUCCGAGUCCGCCACCAACGCGGGCUGGCACGACCCGACCGAUGUCCAAGUGCGCAAGAUCAUGAUGGCAAGACUACGCAUUCACCCGGCACUAUCGCAACACCAUCCGAUCCUACAGACACGCGAGGACACUGGCACGAGUCCGUCACUGCUGCAACGUCUCGAGUGGAUGCUGUACCAUUCUGCAGGCUCUUUGAGCGAGUAUCUGCACCAGCCGUCGCUCGAGCGACGUGUGCAGGGCCUCGUGACCCACUACAAGCGCAAACGAUCUGAGACAGAGCCCAGUGAGGCCGUCAUGGCGGCAAUGCGAGCCUCCGCUGCCAAGCGACAGCGACCUCGACUGACUAUCACCGAAGAAGAGAUUCGCAACUGCAGCGUCGGGGCAAGAGGCUGCGUUCUUAAUAGCAAUUUGGACUUGUUGCAUCAGGUUUGUAGCUUUCUGGACGGCAAGGCCGUGCUACGAUGCCGCGGCGUCAACAAGUUCCUGUACCUCAAUGCACCGUCCUUCGUGAGGUCUCUGCAUAUCGAUGCCGGGUCAGCUCCUGUAGCAGAGAUUCGAAACCGCGGCGAUGGUGCAGCCAGUGGACUGAGCACUUUACUUCACGAAUGCAAGAACCUCAACAGCCUUACGAUCUCAAACCAGGCAAACCGGGUCCAUCUGAAGGCGGGUGUUGUGUUCCCACGCGCGUUGACUGCGUCUACCUACAUGGCAUCGCUCGCCACAGCGUCGUACGGCCAUCAGUUGGUUCGUGAAGUGGCCAAUGCACUGGAAGCAGGCGCGUGUCCUUCGUUAAGGAGAUUGGAGCUCCUGGCUCCGUUCGACUUUGCAACUGAGAGUGACGCGGUUUUCAGGGUGCUAAAUGCGCUGACAGAGUCCAGCAACGCUAGAAAUUCGCUACGGCACUUGGUGCUUGACGCAACUUUCCUCGGUGACCACGGGAUCCAGCAACUUGCCGAGCUGUUUGAGAGGCGUAACACGUUCUUCGAGCAUCUACAGACUCUGACUGUACGCAACAACUUCAUGGGCGAAAUAGGGUGCCGCGCGCUUCUCGAAGCCAUCGAGCCGUUCAGCGAACUCCAAAUGUUGGACUUAAGCCGCAACAUUCUCACCGACUCGGACGCAUUUGCACUCGCGGAUUUGCUUGACGAUCCCGUGGCAGAAGAAAACUUGUGCGACCGAAUGCAUGCGGAUCGGAAGGUCUCGUCUGAAGAUGAGGAGCUGUUUAAUGUGCUGGGACUGGCAGGAGUGCGGACUCUGAAGCUGCAGGAGAACUUUAUCACUUGUGACGGGUUUCACGCCAUCACAAUUGCAUUGUGUUCUCGCGAACGCGUUGUGGCGACAGUCGGGGAUGCCACAAGUUACUUUGUUGAGGAGAGAGACGACGAAGAAGUGAUAGUGCAAGAGCGCUAG